AUGGCCUCCGUGUCAGCACCGCAGGAAGCAAAGCCUUGCUUCGUGACCUUACCACAAGAGAUCCGCGACAUGAUCUAUGAGCAUGCGUACCAGCCAUACGUCCAGCGCAUGAGGGGCAAAAAGGCCAUCACUUAUCGAUGCCCUCCGCCUUCCCUUCACCGAUGCAGUCAUGUCUGGAACGCUGCAUUCCCGGCAACCGGACACGCCAAAUACCGCGAAAUUCUGCUCGGCCUUGAGUACAUAACCCACUACCCGAGCUCUGAGUCCAAGGGCUUUGUCCUUUGCAUCAACGGCGUAGCACGAGGGUGCAACGAAGCGCAGUGGGUUGCCAAGAUACACUCACAGAAGUCAUCCUCGGUUCGCCUCAUACCAGGCUCUGCCUAUGAGGGUUGGAAAACAGAGAAGCUAUCACGGGAUAGCCACGUGCACGACUUUGCCUGUGAGGGAUGGAAACGACUCGCACUCCUUCUAGUGGAAGCAGUCUCGUCGACGAGCACGAGCGGAUCCGAUUGGCAUGGCGCCAAUGGUUCAUCAGGAGAGAUGAUGGAGAAGCAUCGAUUGAUCGAAGAAGCGCUGGCCAUUCUGAUCAUGCGCAAUAAGAAACACCCUCGUGCCGAAGAGCGACUGACGGACAUUCGUGUGCUCACGAUCGCGGCCGUAUCCUUUGAUGCUGCAUUGGCGUAUAUAGAUGUGGCGACCAAGAUGGCGGAAAAGUGUGCCAAGUACCAAGAAUUAAAGAAGGAAUUGGAAAGCAUGAUUGCUCAGGAGGAUGUAUAA